CCCACGUGACGUCACGAGAGUGACAGCGGCAGAGCCCUCAGAAGUCCGGCGCCCGUUCUCUGUGAGUCCUCCGCCUCACCCGGGCAGCAGUUUGCCACAAGACGCCAGCAAGGACCGGUCCCGCCGGUGACACCGCCCGCUCGUCUCCGCUCAGCCUGUACCGGUCCAUCUUGGAAAAAAUUUACAAAAGGCUAAUAAAAUGCUACGCAGAAAAGACUUAGAGAAAUAUCGUGAUGUGGAUGAGGAUGAUAUCUUAAACAGGCUGACUGAUGAGGAAAUAAGAGAACUGGAAGGAGAACUAGAAGAAUUAGAUCCAGAUAAUCAGUUGUUGCCUGUUGGCUUAAGGCAAAGGAACCAGACAAACAAAACCCCGACUGGACCCUUCCAGAGAGAUGCCCUGCUAGGCCAUUUAGAAAAGCAAGCUAAUGAAAUGAAAGACAGAGAAGAUUUGGUGCCUUAUACUGGAGAAAAACGAGGAAAACCUUGGAUUCCCAAGAUGAAACCAGUAGAUCCUGUUUUAGAAAGUGUCACUCUUGAACCAGAACUGGAGGAAGCAUUGGCCAAUGCCUCUGAUGCUGAGUUGUGUGACAUUGCGGCUAUCCUAGGAAUGCAUACUCUGAUGAGUAACCAGCAAUACUAUGGAGCCCUUGCAAGCACCAAUAUAGUCAACAAAGAAGGACUAAACAGUGUGAUUAAGCCAACGCAAUAUAAGCCAGUUCCUGAUGAAGAACCUAAUUCAACUGAUGUGGAUGAAACAUUGGAACAAAUAAAAAACAAUGAUCCUGACUUGGAAGAUGUUAAUCUCAACAAUAUAAGGAACAUUCCUAUACUUAUGUUAAAAGAUUAUGCUGAAGCAAUGAAAAACAAUACCCAUGUGAAAAAGUUCAGCAUUGUGGGAACAAGGAGCAAUGAUCCUGUUGCAUUUGCUUUUGCAGAUAUGCUAAAAGUCAAUACUACACUAAAGAGCUUAAAUGUGGAGUCUAAUUUCAUCAGUGGAACAGGAAUAUUAGCUCUUGUCGAAUCUCUCCAGCAAAACACAUCAUUGGUUGAACUGAAGAUAGACAAUCAGAGUCAACCACUUGGUAAUAAAGUGGAAAUGGAAAUUGCAAGUAUGUUAGAAAAAAAUUCAACACUCCUCAAAUUUGGUUAUCACUUCACUCAACAAGGACCGAGAUUGCGAGCAUCUAAUGCCAUGAUGAACAAUAAUGAUCUAGCUCGUAUACAUAGAUCUGAUGGGCCGUGGCAUAACUUUUCAGCUCUGGACCUGGAGGAUGUAUAAUGAGGAAGAGAAGGCUGGCCGACCUGGAUGGCCCAAUUUUACCAAAAUGCCGAAGCGGGGUGUAAAGAGAAGGUGAAGACAGCACCAAACAGCAGGAGCCUUUCCAUGAGAGUUUGUACCAGGGUGCAGAAUCCUUAUAACCAGAGUGAAAGCCCAUGAACUCUGUUUUAUACCUCAGUACUCUACUGUGUUAGACAUUAUGCACCCAAACAGUGCAAUAUGAUGUCAUCAAUGUGCAGAAAUACAGAAAAACAUAUAGUUUGGUGAUUCUUAAUUGCAGACCAACCUGAUAUUGAUACUUAUUUUCCUGUUGGUGUUUCUUGCACUUUGGUCAUCCUCGUAUCUACAGCACAAUACAGAGCAUUGCACAUGAUUUACCAGGGAAUAACUUCCACCAAUCAUACAUCUCAAAAAAGCACAUUGUGCCUCGCCAGCAGAAAAGCACUGAUAAUAGUUUGUUUUAACCUAAUCACAUUACAGCAAGUCACAUUCUUUGGAUUGAGAAUCCACAUUAUUUCAGAUUGUCAGUUGUAAAAGUAGAAUUUCUUUACACAGCGUUAUAUCUUUUCAUAAUAAUAU